AUGGAGAGAAACAGUGAUGCUGUUCCACAAACGCUAGACCCCACACACCACUUCCACAUAGCACUGCUGGAUCAGAGACAGAAGCUGCAUGGCCAAAUUGCUCACCUUCACAAGGUAGCUCAUAAACUCAACAAGCUCCGCAAAAGGUCUGUGAUUGCCAACGUCAGCGGGAGCACCCUGACUGCUGCAGGGGCAGUCACAGCCAUCCUGGGUCUGUCCCUGAGCCCGGCCACACUCGGAGCCUCUCUUCUGGCAUCAGCUGUGGGUCUGGGCCUGGCCACUGCUGGGGGAACCAUCAGCAUCACUUCUGACCUCUCCUUAGUGCUCUGCAAUUCUCGGGAGGUGAGGAAGGUGCAGGAAAUUGCAAUGACUUGUAGGAAACAGAUGAGGGAAAUCCUCGGCUGCCUGGAGUUCCUUCGCCGGGGGCAGGGCCCAGGGGACCCUACACUGCGCCAGUCAGAGAAGAGAGCCUCCAUCUCCCUGUACAACUCUGUCUGCUUCAUGGUCUUCUGUGGCUCCCACAGCUUCCUCGUGCCAGAAUACACACAGGAGGUCACGAAAGUAAGCCAGGCUGUGCUGAAGGCCAAAAUCCAGAAGCUGGCUGCCAACCUCGAGACCUGCACCAGGGCAAUGGAUGAAGUCUGUGACCUUCUUGAGUCCAGAACAGAGCUUUCCCCAUGCAAGAGACUCAACUUGGAUACUAAAACCACCACUGAGAUUGUAAAACCAUCCAGCUGA